UGCCACAAAUCAAGACGAAGAAGAAGUUUAGCAAAGGCAGCGUCGGCCUCUUCCACUUUUAACCAAGCCCCGGUUUAUAAUGUGGUAACCUGUUAAUUACCGCAUUAAAAGAAAGAUCUCAGCGAUGGAGAACGACAGUUCAUCUGUGACAGAUCACUCUUCAGAUGAAAGUACCAAAGCCUUCGACAUUGAGUACAUCGUCGAGUCCGAUCUCGCCAAUGACUCUGAGUCGGAGGAUGGCAAAAAGCCCAAGAAAAAGCAACGCAAGAGCCACGCUUGCACCGUUUGCAACAAAAUAUUUGACAGACUUUCCAAGCUCACCAGGCACCUAUCCGUACACACCAGGCCCAGGACCUUAAAGACUCGCUAUCAGUGCGUGCAUUGCGAGAAGACUUUCACAGAAGAAGAGAAGCUGUUACGUCACCAAGAUACCCACAACCGGACAAGGGAGCACCCGUGCCCUGACUGCAGCAAAGUCUUCAACAAGCCCUCCAGGUUAGAGCGCCAUCGACGCAUCCACGCCAGGAAACCAAAGGUGCCCCACCAGUGCUCCUUCUGCUCCAAGACCUUCGAUAAACUCUACCGGCGCAUCCGCCACGAGCGAAUGCACACGGGCGAGAGGCCUUUCACCUGCUCCUUCUGCGGGAAGGGAUUCUCCGAGAUGGGUCACUGCAAAGCCCACGAAAAGAUCCACCAGGACAAUCCGGAGAAACCUCACCGCUGCCCCCACUGCGACAUGUCCUUCUUCAAGGCCUCGGAACUGGGCCGGCACCAGCGCUCGCACACCGGCGAGAAGCCGUUUCAGUGCAACGAGUGCGACAGCACCUUCGCCCGCUCCGAGAGCUUGAAGAGACACAAGAGGAGCCACACGGGAGAGCGGCCCUACGUCUGCUUGACUUGCGCCAAGGGGUUUUACUCCCGUCAGGAUUUAAACAUCCACUUGCUGAUCCACUCGGGGGAGAAGCCUCACCUUUGCCCCGUGUGCGGCAAAGGCUUCUCGCAGCUGGGCAACAUGAAGGAGCACGAGAAGAACGUCCACGUCCGGUCCGAGAAGUACGCCUGCAACGAGUGCGGGGCCACCUUCACCCGUUAUAAAUCUCUGAACCUGCACCAGCGGGUGCACACCGGGGAGAAGCCGUACCUUUGCCUUCCGUGCGGGCGUAGCUUCUCUUGGAGUCACUGCCUGAGCAGACACCGCCGAACUCACGCUCACAAGCAGAUGUUGAUGGAUGCGGCCAAAGAACUUCAAGCUUUCCCAGAGCCUGCCGAGGAACAGUGCACUUGAACACCGGGCCGUUACUCACCUCGCUAAACCGCCGACUCAUGAUUUUUCGCGAAGAGGCCGGUCCCUGGCGCCAACGUUCGACUGCCAUGUUAGGUCAAGAUGCCAACCGACUUGAGUCGCGCCUUGUUUUGUAAACAGACACAGCGGCGUGAAGACAUUACAACGAUGACAUUUUGUAGGAUUGCCUCGCUCUACAAACUGGUGUUUUGAAACUGAGCACUGGACGCAUUCCCUUGCUGAUCAUUUAGUAAAAAAA